CAAAAUACCAAAUAAACGGUACAUCUGGAGAUGCGGUCACACUGGUCAAUGAUGUUAUUGAAAAAAUAGCAAAAGCUGUACCCGCUCGAUCACAAAAACAGCUCGCGCUUGAUUUGGCAAACACGUUGCUGUUUGGAUUUAGAAAAAGGGGAUUCCCCGUGACACCUAUAAACUAGCUCGUUCUUUCUCAUUUUGAUGAUUAAAAGCAAUCAUUGCUACCGCGUCAACAGCGACAUGUCGGAGGAGGAGUCGUUCGUCAUAUUGGGUAGCUCGCCGUACUCAUCACUCUUGCCGGAUGGUUCCUUGGGGUCCGACGGUUUGGAUGACGUGCAGGAGGCGAAUGAACCCGUUGCCUCCACGAGCACACAUCCACCAACAGUAAACAGUACUCCAGUCAACAUGACUGCGUCCCAACAGCAGCACAUAUCGCUGGACUCCGCAUCAUCUCAGCGCCAGUCCCUGGCGACCAGCUUCAUCAUGGGUGAUGUUCAAUCCGAUGUCCUGAAGAACAGUGUUUAUUCGCAGUUUCCCAGCCUCUGCUCGCUGCAGGCUUCCGCAGAGGAUGUAGUUAAGCUGCAGAACAUGAUGACCGAGUACCUUGCCCUAAAAAGGACACUUGACAAGGUGAAUCAAACCAUGCUGAAUUACCACAAAAUGAUUCAGCAAUGGCGCCAGAAUGCCGCCGACCAGGAACAGCAGUACAAGGAGCAGUUAAAACAGUGCCAAGCGCAGGUCGAGCUCCUUCGCCAGGAAAACCAAAAGCUGAAGGAGGAUCUUGAGACAAAAAUUGAGCAGAUUGAGGUGGUGCAGACCAUUUCCCAACAGGAGCAGGAUGAGCUUCGUCAGAGCGUAUCUGAGAAACGGUCACUGGUCGAAAAUAUGCGGGUGGAGAUUGACAAACUGCAGCAGCUAAAAAUGCACUCGUUUGAGUUCGUACCUGAGAAUGGAUCAAACACGGAACCUGACCCCGGCAUGGCUUUGAACUAUGUGCAAAGGGACGAGCACGAUCGCCAGGUGCGCGACCUUCAGCGCCAACUCUCUAAGCUCGUAGUUGAAAACCUGGAAAUCACUGACAUGAAAAAAACCUAUAUUGAGGAGAUCGACUGCUUAAAAGUUACCUUGGCGAGCGCCCAGGAGCUGAUGCAGAAAAUGAACCGGGAUAUUAACGAGCUGAAGGCAAAAGACAUCCAGAAGCAGGAGAGGAUCGAACAUCUACAGACCCAAAACGAUAUCUACCGCAAGGACUUCGAAAUGGAGCGGGCAGAUCGCGAGAAGAAUGCCGGCGAGAAAGAUCAGUAUCUUUUGGAUUUGCGAGCACUGCAGAGGAGGAACCAAGAGCUAAUUGAAGCUCUGGCUCAGUCCCACAGGGAAAGCAAGGCCGGCUCGACCGCUUCCUCGCUGAGCUCAAGCAGAAGCAGUUUGCGGGAUGAGCAGAGACCAGUAAGAGUUCUCGAUCCAACAGGCGCCUCAUCCCGGACUUCGAACACCACUCUGCGAUGUCCCAUCUGCUCAAAGACUUUUAAUACCCUAAGCGUGCUCCAGAGUCACGCUAACGAUUGCUUGGAUAAAAACUAAGCACAAUAACUAACAAUAAAUAUAUUUUUAUAGUCCUCAUGGUAUUGUUUAGGCCUAAAGGUUGGCCAAUAAAUACACUUAUUACAGUUA